AUGCAGUCAAGAAAUGUGCGUCUAUGGGAAAGAGACCAAUUGGAAGUUACAGGAACAAAUUCUACUGUGAUGACAGAAUUUGUUCUCUUGGGCUUUUCUGAUCUACCCCAACUGCAAGGGUUUCUAUUUGGAAUAUUUUUCGUCAUCUAUAUGAUUAUUGUGUUAGGGAAUGGAAUCAUUAUUGUGGUAACCAGAGUGGAUCCCGCUCUUCAGACACCCAUGUAUUUCUUUAUCAGCAAUUUCUCUUUCCUAGAGAUCUGCUAUGUGUCCAUCACCCUUCCCAGAAUGCUCAUGGACCUUUGGACCCAGAAAGGAACUAUUUCUUUGUAUGCCUGUGCGACACAAAUGUGUUUCUUCUUGAUUCUGGGAGCCACAGAGUGCUUCCUGCUAGCUGUGAUGGCCUAUGACCGCUAUGUGGCCAUCUGCCACCCUCUCCACUACCCUCUCAUCAUGAACCGCAAAGCUUACACUCAGUUGGUUGCUGCCGCCUGGCUCAGUGGAAUGCCAGUGCAAGUCGGACAAACGAUCCAGAUUUUCUCUCUGCCCUUCUGUGACUCUCAUCAAAUCGAUCACUUUUUCUGUGACAUUCCUCCCAUGCUCAAACUGGCCUGUGGGGACGUGUUCGUGAACGAGCUGGUGGUCUUUGUAUUUGCAGUGCUGAUCGUCACCGUUCCCUUUAUGUGCAUUUUAGUGUCCUAUGUGAGAAUUAUCUCAACCAUUUUGAAGCUGCCAUCCAACAGCGGAAGGUCCAAAGCCUUUUCCACUUGCUCUUCUCACCUUAUCGUCGUGUUUUUAUUCUAUGGAUCUGCCAGUGUCACCUACCUGAAACCGAAAUCCACUCAGUAUGAGGGGACGGACAAACUGCUUUCUCUGUUCUAUACAAUUUUGACACCCAUGUUCAAUCCCAUGAUAUACAGUCUACGUAACAAAGAUGUGAGGGAGGCCCUGAGAAAGUUCUGGCCCAAAUUGGCAGCCUGGUGA